AUGGUAGUUAGACAGUAUCAGGAAGAAAUAAAAUAUUUGGAAAAGAUAACUGAAACAUGUUGGAGGAUAAAAAAAGGUUUCCAACCUAAUAUGAAGGUAAUCAUUUAUUAAUAAUUUAUAUAUUUUUGUAUUAUAUAUCAAGUACUUUUUAAUUCACAGGUUGAAGGUGUUUUUUAUGUAAAUAAUAGUUUGGAACGUUUAAUGUUUGAUGAAUUAAAAAAUGCGUGCAGACCAGGAGCAGUAGGUGGCUUUCUCCCUGGUAUGAAACAAAUUGCCAAUGUUGCUGCUCUUCCUGGAAUCGUUUGGAGGUCUGUCGGAUUGCCCGAUGUACAUUCUGGAUAUGGUUUUGCCAUUGGUAAUAUGGCAGCAUUUGAUAUGAAUGAUCCAAAAUCUAUAGUAUCACCUGGUGGAGUAGGAUUUGAUAUAAAUUGUGGAGUACGUUUAUUAAGAACUAAUCUGUUUGAGGAGGAUAUUUUACCUGUGAAGGAGCAACUUGCCCAGAGCAUGUUUGAUCAUAUUCCUGUUGGUGUAGGUUCAAAAGGAAUCAUACCUAUGAAUGCAAGGGAUUUAGAAGAAGCUUUGGAAAUGGGAAUGGAUUGGUCUCUGAGAGAAGGUUAUAUCUGGGCAGAAGAUAAGGAACAUUGCGAGGAAUAUGGUAGAAUGCUUAAUGCAGAUUCUUCUAAAGUAUCAAUGAGAGCUAAAAAACGUGGACUUCCACAGCUAGGAACAUUAGGCGCUGGAAACCACUAUGCAGAAAUUCAAGUGGUAGAUGAAAUUUAUGACAAAUGGGCAGCAUGUAAAAUGGGUAUUGAAGAGAAGGGUCAAAUUUGUGUGAUGAUUCAUUCUGGUAGCAGAGGAUUUGGGCAUCAAGUUGCAACUGAUGCCCUUGUACAAAUGGAGAAAGCCAUGAAACGAGAUAAUAUCGAAACUAAUGAUAGGCAGUUAGCUUGCGCUCAUAUAAAAUCUCAAGAAGGUCAAGAUUAUUUGAAAGCUAUGGCUGCUGCCGCGAAUUUUGCAUGGGUUAAUAGAAGCUCUAUGACAUUCCUCAGUCGACAAGCAUUUGCCAAACAAUUCCAGCAAUCUCCCGAUGAUUUAGAUAUGCAUGUUAUAUACGAUGUUUCUCAUAAUAUUGCAAAAAUAGAGGAACAUAUGAUCGAAGGAAAACAGAAAACCCUUCUAGUACAUAGAAAGGGAUCUACAAGAGCAUUUCCACCUCAUCAUCCCUUGAUUCCUGUAGAUUACCAAUUAACAGGUCAACCUGUUUUAAUUGGUGGUACUAUGGGAACUUGUAGUUAUGUUCUUACCGGAACUGAACAGGCUAUGAAAGAAACAUUUGGAUCCACGUGUCACGGGGCAGGUCGAGCUUUAUCCAGAGCUAAGUCACGUAGAAAUUUAGAUUACACUGACGUAUUAGAGAAAUUAGAACGACAAGGAAUAUCGAUUAGAGUCGCUUCACCUAAAUUAGUUAUGGAAGAAGCACCAGAGUCUUACAAAAAUGUAACGGAUGUCGUAAAUACAUGUCAUGCUGCAGGCAUUUCUCGGAAAUGUAUAAAAUUAAGACCAAUCGCAGUUAUCAAAGGAUAA